GAGCCAGGCAGGCGCGCCCGGGAGGGCGGCUUGGAGAGCAGGGUGGGAUUCCCCCCGCCCCACUCCGGAGAGUUAAUCGCCUUGUUCUCUCCCCCCCCCACUCGCGACCUGCGGGGCUGCUUCCCUCCCUCCCCCUCCCACACGGAACUCUCGCUAGGAGAAGGAGGGCGGGCUUGAUUGCCCCCGAUUGCCUCUGAUCCCCGCCCCGCCCCGCGCAACAGUGGAGUGCAGGCAGGCGCCACGCGUGUCCUCUGGCGGGGCCGGGCUGCUGCCGCUGCCGCUGCCGCCCCGUCUUUGUCCUCUCCGCGCAUUCUCAGCCCGGUUCGGAGGAGCGCCUCUUCUUCGGGAGCUGCGAGGAAGCCGCCGCCGCCUCUUGGCUCCACACAUGCCUGACUCCGGAGGAGGCGAGCGGGCAGCAGCAGGCGCGGAUGAAGUUGGCCCCGCGGCUGCUGGGCGGGUGCCUCUGGGCUGGGGCUCCCAGGAGGCGGCUGCAGCGGAGAGGCUCCCCGCUCCAUGGCUCUGAGGAGCGGAGGGACCCGCCGCUGCCUCCCCUGAACUCUCCCUCCCUCCCCCCGCACUGGCUCCCCUGCCCCCCGGCGGCGUUGCCCCCUCCUCCUCCUCCUCCUCCGCCCAAGCGGGAUGCUGAUGGACCCACCACCAAGAUGCUGAUGUCCAGGCUCCUGGAUUUCCAGAAGACCAGAUAUGCAAGGUUUAUGAACCACAGGGUUCCGCCUAAUCGGAGGUACCAGCCGACAGAGUACGAACACGCCGCCAACUGUGCCACCCACGCGUUCUGGAUUAUCCCAAGUAUCCUCGGCAGCUCCAUCCUGCAUGUCCUGUCCGACAACCAGUGGGAGACCAUCUCGGCGUGGAUCUAUGGCUUUGGCCUGUCUGGGCUGUUUAUUGUCUCCACAAUCUUUCACACGGUCUCCUGGAAGAAGAGGCACUUAAGAACUGUGGAACAUUGCCUGCACAUGUUCGACAGAAUGGUGAUCUACUUCUUCAUUGCGGCAUCCUAUGCCCCCUGGCUGAACCUGCGGGAAUUGGGUCCAUGGGCUUCCCACAUGCGCUGGAUCGUAUGGAUCAUGGCCUCCAUCGGGACUGUCUAUGUUUUCUUUUUCCAUGAGCGGUACAAGCUGGUGGAACUGGUAUGCUACGUCAUCAUGGGUUUCUUCCCUGCGGUGGUCAUUCUUUCCAUGCCUAACACGGACGGCCUCUCGGAGCUGAUGGCCGGUGGGGUUUUCUACUGCCUGGGCACCGUCUUCUUCAAAAGCGACGGGCGCAUCCCUUUUGCCCACGCCAUCUGGCACCUCUUUGUGGCCAUGGGAGCUGGGAUCCAUUAUUACGCCAUUUGGAGGUACCUCUACUGGCCUGAUGCCCUCGAGGCGAAAACCUCCCGGUAGACAGAUGCCUUAUGAUUUCAGAGCUACGGGGAUUUGGGGAAGUCUCCCCCGGGGCUCGCGUUUCUUCGUCUUUACCAGAAGGGUGUUUCUGUGCUGCUGCUGCUGCUGCUGCUGCUGCCUCCUCUGGAUCCUCAGUGGCGGUCUUUAGGAUUCUUUCUCUGGCCAAUCCUGUGCAGGCAACAAAGUCUGAAGAUGUCAUUUUUAUUGCUAUUGUUAUUACUGAUUUUUUAAAAACAACAACAACAACAAAAGAACCUUAACAGUGUUUUAUUUUUUAGGCAAAAGUUUUGUAAUGCAAUGGAUAAUUGAUGGGUAUGGUUGAAAAGUGGGGCAGCAGUUUUCUGGUGAAACUUGGAAAGAAACAGGUGUUAGGCUCUGCCCUCAGGGUCCUAAGAAUUCAUUGACAUGAACCCAGUAAGUAAACCAUCGCUGUUCAGAAAGAAACUCCUGUUCCGAUCGUCCCUGGGUAGAGUUGCUACGCCCCCUGGAAUUUCGGGUUUCCCCUGGAUUUUAAUCAUCUCACCCAGAUUGCUUAGCCCACUCAGAUUCACCUGGAUUUAAGCCUUCAUUUUAAAAAAAAAUCUAAGCUCUAGCCCUUGUAGAAGCGGAGUUAUGGAGCAAAAUGUGCAGUCAGGAUUUUGCUCAAAAAUCGUUUUCCAGCCAAUUUACAUAAUAUGCAAAUUAGGCACCUGGAUUUGGAAAGCCAGAAUCCUAUCCCUGGGUCUGAAAUGCAAGAGAGCAACCUAAGAGACUGUUUAGAGAUUGGUGUUUGAUACUAGGCAGCUGAGGACCCAUCAGGAUGGCUGGUGGUAUUCUUCGCCCCCAAUCUUCUCCUCACAUUCUUUUGGCCUCUCUUCCCUUGAUUCAAUUGGCUGAUUAGCUGGAGGCUAAACUGUCAAGACUCCUGUGCCAGCCAUUGGCUGAGCUGCUGUGAUGUCACAGACAGGCUGGACAAUCCUGAGCUAGGCAGCUUAGGAAGGGAGAGUCUGAAUCUUUCAGUUUUGUUUGGAGAGCAUGGAUUUUCAAAGAAAACACUGGUAGCAUGGAUGCACAGUUUUGGAAGCUUUUGAUGGAAACUGGUGCACCAGGGGAAGGGGGGGGGAAGGUGACGGUCUAGGAAUCCAUAAAUUGUGGACUAUAGCCCCAAAUGCAUAGUCAACUAGUUUCCCUAGAGUCCUGAAAACUUUGUCCUAGGUCUCACAAACAGUGGAUGGGGUGUGAAGCCUGUUCUCCCAUUUCAUCACUUCAGAUUGUAGGUGAAGGAAAGGUGCUUGCCUCCCUGGGUCCUGACAUGGUUGUUUUCUGUGCAAGAGAAGGAUUUUGUAUGGAGGAGCGUUCUGUCAUCUGAUCCACACUGCCUGUAUUCUGAAGUGAUAGAGACUGCCCUCCCCUGGGCGGAUCAUACCACCUCAGUGAGAAUUAGAUCUUAGUUUUCAUCCCCCCAAAAGCUUCGUUUAUAGUGCUCAUAUUUGCAAUGUAAAACCUGAGUUGUUUCUACAAAAGGCAUAGACAUCCAUCUAGGGAGGGCUUCCGUUAUAAGAAUUUCAGCUGAGAAGCUUAGGGUUUGAGCUGGCAGGUGUCAAAAGUGGUGCCCCAAUUUCCUAUCUGGCCAGGGCUAGAUUAAUUAUAGUACCACACCAUACUGUAUGCACCAUUGUUGUGGGAUAAGAAUAUGUCUGACAGCUUAAAAAAAGAAAGACAUGAUGCACUUCAGUGCACUUUAGUGCUGAUCACUUAACUCCAAUGCACUUUGAAUCAACCCACGCAAACUUCAGUGUUAAAAGCUAUGAAGUCCGGAAUGUACCCAUGCCCCUUCAUGGCAACAAGGAAGGAGAUCAUCCUGUGGUUGCCGCCCCACUUCCAGUGUUUCUCAGACAGAGCUGAAGGUAAAUGUCCCAUGAACUGUACAUUCAAUAAAAAGGCAGAUUUCAGUGUUUGGGAGCUGCUGAUAUUUUCCAGUUAUGGGCUUGAAAUUUGACUUUGAGGGAUACUUAAAGGCUUAAAACCAUAGCUCUCGAUGAUGGGCUUGUAGGUAAUAAUGCAAAAAUGUACUUUUAGAACAUUUCCCCCUAAAAUUCCCUCCAUAAAUAGGAAUGUGAGGGAGAAGCUGAAUUCAGAGAAAAUUCUGAUCUUUGCAAGACAGCCUGAGUUAAAAAUCCUUAAACAUUUCAGCUGCCAUUCGAGGAGCAAGCACUAAAUGUGUUGACUUCUUAUGACCUCACCAGAAACGGGGUCUUCCUGUGGGGAAAAUGCUUGUCACAGCUGGCCACGUAGUGAGGGUUACCCUAAACCUGGCCAGCACAAGCAGCAGCAUGAGGAGGGAAUAAGGCGGCAGGAAACGAUUUGUUGAAUUUUGAACUGCAGCCAGGAGAUACUACUUUAGGCUGCUUCUCCAAUCUCCACAUGAAAUAAUCUCCCCGCAAGCAGAAAACUAAUACCUCAGGGUGAAAGGUUUAAGCUUGGCCCUUUAUGCCCGCCCCCACAUUUGUGGGGAGGUUUUUUUAAAUAAAAUCCGUAUUCAAAAAUGUGAUGACAAAUCUGCAGUCCAAAGCAGGUCAGUUCGCUCUGCCACCUAGGAUUGAAAAACGGUAUAAAAAUAUCUGUAGUAGCACUAACAGCAGUAGGGUUGCCUACAUAAGAACAUAAGAACAGCCCUGCUGGAUCAGGCCCAAGGCCCAUCUAGCCCAGUAUCCUGUUUCACAUAGUGGCCCACCAGAUGCCUCUGAGAAGCCCACAGGCAGGAGUUGAAAGGGGCAGGCCCUCGCUCCCGCUGUGACUCCCCUGCAACUGGGACUCACUCAGAGGCAUCCUGCCUUCCAGGACUGGCCUAGAUUCUCCAAGAAUCAGCAUUCAUCUCCAGGUGAGUCUUGAAAGUAAGCCUGGAUAUUCUCCUAGAGAGACAAAAGAGCAUGUUUCACAUUUAGAUCCUGGCAUGAAUGGACCAGAUUGUUGUUUUAACUGGAGACUCCGCCCUGCCACUAAGCCUGACAUAUUCCAGAAACUUGAAUCUGUUCCUUCUGCAAAACCUUCUCUCUCAAACACCAGUAUUCAACAAACCGCUUUGUAGUCUUCUGGUAGAGCCCCACGUAUCCAUGUGUUUUCUGUUUCGGUAUAAUGGUGCAUUUUGAUCCUCCUUGCAAGGGGAGGAGGCUGCAUCUCAGAGGUAGAGCACCUGCUUUGGAUACAGAAGGUCCCAGGUUCAAUUCCUGGCAGCAUCUCCAGGUAGGGCUGGGAGAGGCUCCUGCCUGGAACCUUGGAGAGCUGCUGCCAGUCAGUGUAGACAAUACUGAGCUAGACGGACCAAGGGUCUGACUCAGUAGAAGGCAGCUUCCCAUGCUUGUAUGUUCCUGUGUUUCUGUACUCCGUCCCGGCUGAAAUUUCUGUGGGUCAGACUAGCUUGUACCCCUCAGCUUGGUGGUGCUUGCUAGUCUUAGUUAACUUACCUAAGACUAGCAAGUCUAACUUAACAGAAGAGCUACAAUAAUCAGCAACCCCUCUCCUUUGCUGGACAAAACCUGCCCUACGAAAGAUGCCCUCCUUUUCUCAUUUUGGAAAGCUUGAAUUUUGGAGGUGAAUAAACGAAAGUGUUAACUGCAGCUAGGGUGCCACCAUCAAGCAAAAUAUCCUGAUUUUUUUAAAAAUAGAUGGUCAUUGGCCAUCUCUUAAAAAUAGUAUUAAAAAUUGGCCAUCUAUUAACAUUGUCACUAUCAAGCAAAAUAUCCUGAUUUUUAAGUAGGUGCUUAUUGGCCAUCUAUAAAAAAAAUGACCAUCUAUUAACAUUGUCACCAUCAAGCAAAAUAUCCUGAUUUUUUAAAUAGAUGGUUUUUCCUCCCCCCGCACCUUUUCUGGUCUUAAAUGCCGCUCUGCCUAUAGCCAGGCUGAUCAGAAAUCCAGGGAUUCUCAGCACUGCUCUUGACUUGAUAACAUCAGUCUCUUUGCAGUCUCUCAUUGCUGCCGAUCCUUCUGCUGUUUCAGGUGGUCCCUGAGACCACCACCCAAAUAAGAGAGGAAAUGUUUGACAGGCCUUUUCUGGACCCGACGGUGGCUGAAUUGAACACUCAGCACCUGGACUCCAAGGCAGAUCUGCAGUGAGCCCAGGUGUGGUGAACAAGGAGGGCUCACCAGUUAAUGGGCAAACAUUGCUUGAUCUGUGGAGGCCUCCGCUGAGUUAUUUGGCAACGAAGGCGACAUUGCACUUCAGGAUUGAUCUGGAUCUACUUUUCCAGAGCUUCAUCAGAGUCUAGAAGGAAUUCCCUGCUGCCCUGAAUUCCUUCGUCAUUUUUUAUUUUUUUUAGUAUUAACCAAUAAUCUGCAAAUAUCUCUUUAACAGUAUUUGAAACAUAGGCUUAUUCUUACACAAUGUAGGCAAAGCUAAUAUGAGAUGCAGAUUAUAGCUGCUGUCAGCCCACAGGUUGAUUUUUCCACAAAAGUGUCCGUAUUUCCUGGGGGGCGGGGUUAAAAACGCCUUUGUUCUGUGGCUUCAGUAUCUGGGGAAUUUCUGCAAUUUUGCCAUCUUUUGCCUCCAGAUUUCUGUAAUUUUGCCAUCUUUUGCUUCCACCCAAACCAGAUUGAUGGUUUUGGUGGAGUGGACACAUAUCCACUAGGAUGGAUACAGAUAUGAACUACCUACCUAGUGGCGAGGUAGUUCACCACUACGGCCUCCACUGCCGUAGCUUCAUCUUGUAGAGCAGGCAUUCUCAGACUUGAGUCCCCACACACUGGUGGUUUGGUGUGUAAUGGGAGUUCUAGUCAUCAGCCAUUGUGGCCGGCGAAUGAUGGGAGUUGUAGUGCACCAAUCUCUGAGAAUCCACCUGCUGUAGAGAAUCCCCAUUAUUUUUCUAGCUUGCUGAUGGGCAUAUCUGUGAUCAUCCAAUUCACACAUUAUCUUGAUCUCGUGGAUGGUAAGUUGAGGCUGCUUAUGUGGGGAAGCAACACAUCUUGUGUGAGUUGGCUUGUAGUAAGGCACAUGCAAUGAGGUGGUAGAGUCCUGAUGGAGAAGAACAGACUCUACCACUUCAGACUGCAGUUGGGUGCACCACCUUUUUUAAUGGUCUCCUAUAUCAAGAAAGUCACCGCAAGUAGAAAACCAGCACAGUAGAAAGAGGACUGGGCUUAAACCUUGUAUAUUUGCUUUCUACUUUCAGGGAGACUUUAAAAAAUAAUGUAGAUGAGCAGUCAGAAACAGUAUUCUCCCAGCUGCAGUCUGAUUUCCAGCAAGGCAAUCCAUGAACAAAUAAUAAGCUGGACUCAAUUGCACUGAAGCCAUUUCAAUCUAUUCCUAAACAGACUUUCUCAAAAGCAAGUCCCAUUGCAUUAAAUGGGACUUACUUUGUGGUAAGUAUGCUUAGGACGAUAGCAUUUCAUUUAUAUCCAUGUGGUUGUUUUUCUUUCGCUGAUACAUGUGCUGGUUGGAAACCAGGUGCAUAAUGCCACAUUCCUUGCCUUUGGAAAUCUAACUCUUGCACUGGAUUGCAUUCACACAAUCUUGGAUUUCCUGAAAUUUCCUUUUCUGGCAAUUUCCAGAUAUGUUUAUGCUCUGUACAACAUUCUUUCUAUUGUAUAAUCAGGGGUGAAGUUGGGUGUUUCUGAUUGUCCUGAUGUUUUCUACUAACUUUUCAUGUUAUUUUUUGUAACUUACAAAACAAAAACAACAAAAAAACAAAAAACAGUCUGUGUGAAUGAAACUUCCUGAGUGAUUUUUUUUUAAAGAAAAAAGAAAAUGCCCUGUAUUUUGUUCCAUUGGAUCUUGUUAAAAAUAAGUAUUUUAUAUUUAACACAGUGUUAUUUAAUAUGAAUUGUAAUACAAAUCACAUUAGUGAACAUUGUUUAUUGUGGAAUAAGAUUUUAAAUUUUAAAAAAAGAUGA